UUUGGCAUGCUGCCGUAUAAAUUUUACGUUUUCACAACAGGUCGAAUUCUUAAUGAUGCAUCAAAACUCCCACCGUACUUGUAUUACAUGAAGUUUAUCGGCAAAAGAUUAGUUUCUAACGAGAAUAGUAAAUCGGAGUGUAAUAUAAAAGAUCAAUCAAAACCAUAUGACACGUGUAGGCAGAAUACAGAGACUCCCAUACGAUGUCCAAAGAAAACUCUCUUUCAUUUGUGUUAUCAAAAAUCAAAUGCUUUGAGUAAAAGUAAUAGCAAAACAAUAGCCUCAGAAUGUAAUGACGCGUGUAAACGCAUGAAAAACCAGAUCGAAAGCAUAACUAAGUUUGUUAACAAAGAAAAACAAGCAAUCAUUGAAUCUUUGAAGAAAGAAGAAAGUGUGGAUAAAACUGAUGCAUGUCAAUGGGUAAAAAGUAUCUCAGAGUGUUUGGACCGAAGACUUCAACAAUUGAUGCAAUUAGAUCCUGCCUUCGCAUCUGAUACACGAAUAGCAGUCCUUCGAUUCAAGGAUCGCGCAAGAAACACGUUUAUUGCUUUAUAUUAUGACCUAAUGCCUGGUGUCAGACAAAUUGAAUCGAUUUUAGAAGAACUACAAAAUGAGACUUUUCAAUGUAUUGAAAAAGCAGCUGCUCUGAUACAUUUGUGCUAUUACGACAACUCAUCUCCGAUCUCUAAAAAGUGUUUUUUGAAAUAUACGGAAGAAGCUGAAAAGAUUUUAGAGCAAACGAUGAGGGAAACACAACUGAAAUUUAACGAAGUGGAAAGACUUCAGAAGAAUAUUUUGAAAUGUCAUAAAGAAGCGAUGAACGAAGCAACGAAGGAACACACUUUAGAGAUGCAAGCAUUCUCUAAAUAUUUAGAUGAUUGUAUAGCUGUAUUUAAAAAAUUAAAAUAAUAAACGAUAAGAUAAUAUGCUAUUAUAAAAUCGUAUCGAUAUAAA